CUAAAAUUUUAAAAUAAAGGAUAAUUUGUCUAAACACCUAGCUUUAAGCUCACAGGUGUAUGAAUUAUUGCCUCAGCUUUCUAGUUAUUCUUUUGAGUAAAGAUAUUAGUUGUACAUGCCACUCUUUGAGCAAAUCUGAAUAUUCAAACCGGCUUUUGUUAGUGAUAUGAGUUAAUUUGUUUAGAAGAGAACUUUCAAAUAAUCUCACUGUAUUUUGUUUAGGCCAAGAAAUGUUUACUAUAAUAAUAUUUUGUAUUCUUUGUAAUUUUUUGGUGCAUCCAUGUUUUGGACAUUUUGUUCACUUGCAAGUUUUUCAUAGCAUAAUCCAUGAUAAAUGAAGGUUAACAAUUCAGGGAAAAUAUUUCAGUUUAUCAGUAUUGGAUAUUUUCAGCUCGAUGGUGCCUUAAGUUGACACUCACUUUGUUUUGAUGUCUAAAGUCAUUAACGUAAUUUUGACGGGAAAUUUUGUUCUACUUAUGAAUCCAAACAAGCAUAUUUAAAGGCUUUAGAGCUCACUUGCACACUAUAACCGCAUUAUUCACUUAAAACAGAUUCUACUUAAUCAUGGAAAAUAUAUCAUUUUGAAAUCCGAUACUCAGUUUCUUUCUUGUUUAUAAAGAUUUAGUUCCCUAACACUGCAUUUAGAUUUUUGGAAUGCCGAAUAUAUUUCUAAGCGAAUGGUUUGAACGCCGAGCAACGGAAUGGACACCUGGUAUGGAAGGUAAAUAUGUUGCCCGAGGACAAUUUACGGGUGAAUGUAUCGCUGUUCUCACAAGCGGUGGAGAUGCUCAAGGAAUGAAUGCAGCUGUGCGAGCUGUAGUCCGUAUGGGAAUAUACUGCGGAUGCCGAGUAUUUUUCAUCAGAGAAGGAUAUCAAGGUCUUGUAGAUGGUGGUAACAACAUUCAGGAAGCAUCGUGGGCAGAUGUUUCUGGUAUUCUCCAAUUAGGAGGUACCAAGAUUGGAUCAGCUCGAUGUAUGGAUUUUCGUGAACGUUGUGGACGUUUAAAAGCUGCUGAAAAUCUGGUCAAAAAUCAAAUCACCAAUUUAGUGGUUAUUGGUGGUGAUGGUUCUUUAACUGGUGCUAAUCUAUUUCGAGCUGAAUGGUCAAAUCUAUUGGAAGAACUUGUCACAUUAGUAAAAUUAGUGCAGAAAAUGCCAAACAAUUUCAUCGUUUAA